AUGACCAUGCUGGCCGACUGUGUGGACAGCGGCACCCAGACGGACAUCAGCUUCCAGCACAUGCUCUCCCUGGGCAGGGCACUUAACCAGCGGGCUGGGGGUGGUGGAUGUGGUGGUGGACCCCCACCACCUCCGUACCCACCGUCACCUCCACUGCCUCCACUACCGGAGCCGUACUUCCUGAAUGAACUGUAACAUGACUACUAUGAUCCCACUGACUACUUUGACAUCACCCAGCAUGAGGUGGACAGGCCUGACGAGCUCGAGUACGAGGAGGUGGAGCUGUAUAAGUCGCGACAGCAGGACAAACUGGGCCUGACGGUGUGCUACCGCACCGAUGAUGAGGAGGACCUGGGGAUAUACGUGGGCGAGGUGAAUCCCAACAGUAUUGCAGCAAAAGACGGCCGGAUAAGAGAGGGGGAUCGAAUACUACAGAUAAACGGUAUGGAUGUCCAGAACCGGGAGGAGGCGGUGGCUAUCCUGACCCGAGAGGACAGCACCAACAUCUCCCUGCUUCUGGCCCGGCCCGACAUAGAGAAUGAGAACCAGCUGGACGUGGACGAGCUGGAGAUGGAGCUUCAGCUUGGACUCGAGGUGUUGGACAAUGCCAUCCACCUGCGCACCAGCCCUCCCUGUCGCGGGGCUGGAGGACCACCAGGCUCCCUUGGUAACACAGCGACGCCGGCACCACAGCCUCACACCCCUCCCUCGCUGUCUCAGGCCCUGCUGUGGCACGCCGUGCUGAGCAACAGCCAGGAGCUAGACAGCGGCGUGGGGCGCACGGACGAGAGCACGCGCAACGACGAGUCCUCGGAGCACGACCUGCUCGCCGACGACGCCACCAGCGCAUGCACCACCAACGCCACCAACACGCCGGGCAGUCUGCGCAAGUUCCACGCCAUCCCACCCCCGCCGCUGCUGUCGUCAGCACGGGACCUGCACUUCAGCAACGACUCGCUGCUGGGGCUGGAAGCUAACGGGGGAGGAGGAGGAGGAGGGGGCGGGGCUGGAGGGGUCAUAGGUCAUGAGCCGACCAAUCACGUGGUGGACGCUCUGGCCUCCGUGCUGCUGCCUGGCCUAUCGGAGGAGGAGUGCAUGCGCUAUCGAGAGCUCCUCGAGAUCCGCUGCUACUACGAGAAGAACGGCAAUGCGGGAUUUGUUGUCGGUGAGGCUGGUGGGGCGUCGCUGGACAUGAACCGCAACGAGAGCCUGAUGCGCCACGAGCUGGCCCUCCUGGAGGAGGAACUGCGCCACCUGGAGUUCAAAUGGCGUAACGUGCUGCGAGCACAGAAGAUGCAGCAGCUGAGAGAGCGCUGCCUAAAAGCAUGGCCCAAGGAGGAAGAGGAGGAGGAGGAGCAGUGUGAUGCUGCAGGGCUGGAGGGGGCCAAAGGUGCACAGGCCCAAAACAUGGAACCUUUGAGGCACGAGCUGUCGGACAUUAACGAGGUUCCUGAGAGAGAGCGCUCGGAUAAGGACAGCACCAGCGCCUACAACACAGGUGGGGAGAGCUGCAGGAGUACCCCGUUGGCCACUGGCUGUUUCCCCUCCCCCUCUGCAUCCGCCCACGGAGGUCACGGAGGAGACGGAGGAGACUCCAGCGCCUCAGCCACCUUGCGGCCCGCUAAGACUCACGGCAGGUACCGGAACCGAUUGGAUCAGCAGGAGACACGGGGAGGCCAGAACAUGAAUCACACCUACUCGCCCAGCACCAGGAGGAAAGACAAUGAACGGGGUGAGAGCCAAAAUGGUAGUAGCCCCUCCUCCAGGGUGCGAUCCCUGUCCCGCAGCGGAAGGGGCGCAGGUGGGGCGAGCCACAGCCAGAGGAGGGGGUCGGACGAGGGCAGGAGGGCCCCCAAGGCUAACGGUGUAACUGUGACUGGUGGGCGUAGCGCAGAGAACAGUCCCUACCUGUCCAGGCGCCGCGGUGAGUCUCGGGUGCCACAGCGCUACCAGAGCUGCAUGCAGUUGCGCUCGGCCUCCACCAGUGAGGGACUAACCCUCCGGGAGUAUGACGAAGAGCCCGCUGGAGCAGUGCUGAGCCCCAUUAAGGGGGACAAGGAGAACCUUGCUCCUGUUACGGUGGAGAACUCUACUAAUGCUAACUGUGCUAAUGCUAACUCUGCUGGCCUUGCUAAUAGUGCUAACAAUGCUAAUCCAAUGAUCUUACCCCUACCUUUGCCUCCGCCCCUACCGCCAACCCCACCACGCAUGGAGUGGAAGGUGAAGAUCCGCAGUGAUGGCUCGCGUUACGUGGCCAAGCGCCCUGUGCGCGACCGCCUGCUGAAAGCCCGCGCCAUGAAGAUUAGCGAGGAGCGCAGCGGCAUGACAACGGAUGACGACGCGGUGAGCGAGAUGAAGAUGGGCCGCUACUGGAGCAAAGAGGAGCGCAAGCAGCACCUGCUCCGCGCUCGUGAGUACCGCCGCCGCCGCGAGUUUAUGAUGCAGAGCCGGCUGGACUUCCUGCGGGAACGUGACAGUGCAGGCAGGGACUGUGAACAGGCUGGCGGGGCCACGGGUGGCAAAGGUGGAGCGGGCCUACAGGACUGCCCUGGGGGACACCAGGCCUCCAUCCUGGAGCUCAGCCAGAAGAAGAGCAUGAAGAGACGCAACCGCAAGAUUCUGGACAACUGGAUCACCAUCCAGGAGCUGCUGGCCCAUGGCAGUCGCUCUGCGGAUGGGCAGAAGGUGUACAACCCACUGCUCUCUGUCACCACGGUGUGAAUGUUUCAGACCAGGAGGAAUGAAGAGGAGAAGGAAAACUAAUCAAAGGCAGAGAGGCUGAGAAAGAAAUGGAUAGGAGGAACACAAGAAUAUUAAGCUAAGUACUUG